CUUGCCGAGGAUUGGCUGAGCCUUCAGUUUUAAAAAUCAUAGCUUUCGCCCGCGCUGCGCCGCCUGGUUGGUACUCCCGUGUGGUGAGCCCUGAACUCCCGGGGCCGAGAGGGUCUGGGCAGGCAGGGGCUCAGCUAGGGAGACCGCUGGACUUGGAUCGGAGCAGCCCUCAGGAGACGCGGUGCAGACAAACACAGUCAUCAUGGGGACGACAGCCCCAGGGCCCAUUCACCUGCUGGAGCUCUGUGACCAGAAGCUCAUGGAGUUUCUCUGCAACAUGGACAAUAAGGACUUGGUGUGGCUCGAGGAGAUCCAAGAGGAGGCUGAGCGCAUGUUCACCAGAGAAUUCAGCAAAGAGCCAGAGCUGAUGCCCAAAACACCUUCUCAGAAGAACCGACGGAAGAAGAGACGAGUUUCUUAUGUUCAGGAUGAAAACAGAGAUCCCAUGAGGAAAAGGUUAUCCCGCAGAAAGACUCGGAGCAGCCAGCUGAGCUCCCGGCGCCUCCGUAGCAAGGACAACGUGCAGAAGCUGGCCACGGUGGUGGGGGAGAAUGGCUCCGUCCUGCGACGGGUGACUCGUGCUGCAGCUGCAGCUGCGGCUGCGGCUGCGGCUGCGGCUGCAGCUGCCUCCAUGACAUUGGCUACACCUUCAUCCCCCCCUGAGUCUCCUACAGUGCUGACCAAGAAGCCCGAGGACAACCUUGCCCAGGGCCAGCUGGUGCCCAUGGUGGAGAUAGGCCUCAGAGAGCGCCAGAAUGCUGAGCACCACUUCAUCCAGUUCAAAUCCACCCAGGCUGUGUCUCAGGCUCUGUCCCCAACCCCAGCUUCAGCCACAGCUCCAGCCUCACAGGGUGUCCUGACAUCGGAUGAAGAAUCAACGCCCAAAAAGACAGAGGCCAGGAGGCUGGAGUCUGUCACUGUGAGCUCCCUGAUGACUACACCCCAGCACUGCAAGGGUCGAGGGGUUGGGACAGGACGGUCUGCCUCCAAGCUCAGGAUUGCAGGGGUCUCCCAGGGCCCACGAGACUCGCCUGCCUCUCCAGACUCUCCGUGGCAGGAGCGGGUGCUGUCUCCCAUCCUGCCGAAUAACUUCUCCACACCCGCGGGCUCCUCUGUGGACAUUCGGUCAGUGCGGCGUAGCCUGAUUGCCCCGUCCUCCCAGGGUCCCCAAGUCUUGCUGGCCCAAAAGUACUCCCCAGUGGCCAAACAGGAGGGUACCGUACACAGGGCAAGCAGAAGGCUCUCCAAGAAGGCUGCUGAAGAGCCAGCGGCCUCUGCCCGCAUCAUCUGUCACAGUUACCUAGAGAGGCUCCUGAAUGUUGAGGUGCCCCAGAAAGUUGGCCCCAAGCAGAAGGAGCCCAGCAAGGAGGCUGAGCUUGUGGAGUCAAAGGAGCCAGAGGUUCCUGAGAACAAUGGGAAUAACUUGAGGCUCCACAGUGAUACCAAGGUUGCCCUUAGUACGCCAAACCCAAAGCCUGUAGCCGGUGGCCAGGAAACACCCCCUGAAGGGCAGCAAGAGGCCAAGACCGACCAAGCAGAUGGGCCCAGAGAGCCACCUCAGAGUGUCAGGAGGAAGCGCAGCUAUAAGCAGGCGGUGAGCGAGCUGGAUGAGGAGCUACACCUGGAGGACGAGGAGCUGCAGCCUCCCAGGAGCAAGACCCCUUCCUCGCCCUGUCCGGCCAGCAAGGUGGUGCGGCCCCUCCGGACCUUCCUGCACACGGUGCAGAGGAACCAGAUACUCAUGACCCCGACCUCAGCCCCCCGCGGCAGUGUCAUGAAGUCCUUCAUUAAGCGCAACACUCCUUUGCGUGUGGACCCCAAGGUGAGGGAGCCCUGCAGCUUCGUC